CACGGCCCCACCUCCAUUUCCCAGCCCCUCUUAAAUUUCGAGCCCUCCCCUCUCCACACGAUUUGCACACGCUCCCCUCGCCGCACCGCACCUGAUCCGCGCCGAUCCCCCCUUCUCGGCUGCCGCCGUCCGGCGUUCCGCCGAGAGCAUGGAGUACGGUGGCAUGGACGCGCUCCCCGACGGCGUCGUGCAGCGCAUCCUCUCGCAGCUGAGCAACGCCUGCGACAUCGCGGCCUGCGCCGGCGUCUCCCGCUGCUGGCGCGACAGCGUGCCCUUCCUCCCGGCGCUCUACUUCCCGCGAGGCGCCUUCGACGGCGCGGCUCCUGGAGGCGUGGUGGCCGCGGCCGACGACGCCAUCGGCCGGAUGGUCGACGCCGCCGCGCGGCUCGAGGAGCUCGUCGUCUACUGCCCAUUCUCCACCGCGCUGCUGCCGACGUGGCUCGCGGCGCGGAGCGCCACGCUGCGUGUGCUCGAGCUGCGGGUGGACUCCGCCGACGCCGACAAGUGGGGCCACCUGGACUGCAUCGGGGUGAACGCGGGCCUCGAGGAGCUCAGACUGUGGGGGCUGACGAUGUCGCGCCCGCCCGCGUGGGGGCGGAUGGAGUGGCUCCGCGUGCUGGAGAUCGUCGGCGCCGUGCUUGGGGACACCGCGGUCAACGGCGCCGUCGCCGCGUGCCCCAACCUCACUGACCUCUCCCUGCUCGGGUGCGAGUGCGCCGGUGAGGCGGCCAUCUCGCUCGCCCUGCUCGAGCGGUGCCGGCUCGACUUCGUCGGCCCUGGCAACUGCUCCCUCAAGCUCGCCGCGCCCCGCGUCGAGUCCCUUGAGGUUCAGGGCUUCAGCUGGAUCUCGCUGCGAGGCGGCGACCGUCUCAAACACUUCACUAUCUCCAAGAACACUGGUAGGGUGUACCAUGUGGAGACGGGAAAUCUUCCGGAGUUGGAGCAGCUCUCGCUGCGCGGCGUCCAGUGGAGCUGGGGAGCCAUCAGCUCGGUGCUGCUGUGCGCGAGCGAGGUGAGGCACCUGCUGAUGAAGAUUGAGUUCUGCGGUGAUUUCGAUACGCUCCAGCCAUUCCCGGAGGUCGACCUCGUAGAGUUCUUCAACAGCCACCUGAAGCUUCGCAAGUUUGAGAUCCAUGGUGCCAUGUUCGCCGCUCUUUGCCAGAAGAACAGCUUGAAAAAUUUGGAUUCACGGUUCGCGAUACCUUGCUUGGAAGAGGUCCUGGUCACCGUGCGCUCACCUCUGAAUGCUGAGAAGAAGCUGAGCACCCUUGAGUCCCUUGUCAGGUACAGUGCGAGGCUGCGGAGGAUGGUCAUUAGGAUCUCGCAGAUGAAGAAUUGCCAUGCGGCCGCUGAUGAUUUCUUUGAAGAGAUUUGCAAGUUCACGUACAUGAAUAGCGGGAGAGUGUGCAUAGAAUAGAAGAGGUGCUGCAUAGUGCCAUUCUUCAAGUGAGUUGCGGCUGAACACAUGCAAUUUUUACUCAAUGGUGUUUGUUUAGGACAAUUUUAUUGGAGGUUUGAUUGUGCUGUUUGUUGUACCUGGAAUCUAUCAGCACUUCAGCACGCCUAGAAGUCAAUUUGGUUCUAUUUUUCACUAGUCUAAGCUUUGUGCUUACGCCUAGAAGUCAAUUUGGCUCUAUUUUUCACUAGCCUAAGCUAUGUGCUUGGAAACUGCACUGUUCUUUGUUUCCUGAAAUGUAAUAAACUCCUUUGGUUUGUUGCUGUACCUCUAACUAUGCUUGAUUUAAACAUUUAGAUCAUUGAAUAGAGCCUAGACCGAUGCAAAAAUAUAGGAGGGAGGGAUAGA